CACCAGCGAGUAUAAGCGCCGUGGUCGCUCUAUAAGGAAAAUGAAACUAAACAAAAGAGCAUCGCUUAGCUCUAAGAUCUAGAUUCAUAUACCAAAUCGAACACUAUAUCACAUUCCUGAUUGGAUACCAGCACCUCCACCUCCACUGAACUUCGGAUCUUUAUUUCGCCAAAUGUAAAUACAGAAUCUAUCCUGUCAACAUGUCAAGGAAGGAGUGAAUUGGCCGACCUAAGGACACGAGCAAAGGACGAAGGAAGAGAUUAAUAUCCCCGCCUGCAAAGUGCCCACCAGUGCCAGGGGCAGAAGGAGCAGGACUGGAGGAGAGGAGUGCGUCUGCGCCCGAGACCAGAAGAGCAGAAGAGCCCUGAGAGGAAGGCGUGAGUGAGGCCGCAGCCAGCCAGCUCCUUCUCGCCCGUGUCUCGCUCCCCCAUUUCUUGACAUCUCGGGCCUUGUCUGGGCUUGACAGUCACAAAAACAAGAUGCUGCGCUCGCUGUAUGCUUACAAGGGAACCCACGCCCGUACACUUGGAUUCCAAGUGGGUGACAAGUUCAUGGAGAUUGGUCCUUCGAGAGAUCCCAACUGGCUGCACGUGAUCAAUGAACGAGGUUCUGUGGGAUAUGUACCCAAGAAUUACAUAUCUGCAGAUGAGAGUUAUGUACGAGGGCAACCUUGCCAGCAGGAAGACCCUUCACAGGAACCAGAGGCUCCGCCCAUCGAUAUACUCGAGUUCAUUGAUGGUUGCAUUGAAGCCAUACAUUUGAAUGCAAGUGAACGAGGAGGCAACUACACUCGUGGUGAGCACGAUGCCCUCCAUAAGCUUGUAGAAUUGAGGCAGGAUUGGUACACCAAGUGUCCUCCCUCCUCGCAUCCCACUAAGCGUCCUGCUCCUCCACCCCCACAACGUACAACAUCUCAGCUCAGUGUGGAUAGUGUUGGCAGCCUACCAUCCCCGUGUCUCCCCGGAACUCCACGCAGCCCUUCAAUAUCAGCGAGUGGGUCAUCAAUUAGCUUAGGGCCCCCACCUAAGGAAGCAACGCCAACAGAAACUUCUGCUGAAACCACGACCAGCUUCAUGGCUCGAGGAGAAUCUCUCGUUCGAGAUGAGAGCAGCGGAAGCAGCGAAGGUCAUGAUACGAGUAUAGGUUAUGAAUCUGAAAUGAGAAGUGAUGUAGAUUCAGUGGUCCAGACAAGCAUCAAGUCGCUUGUGUCUCAAGUGCCAAAGGAAUAUCUUCGUACAUUGGUGGAAGAGGUGCGCAGCAGCACUAGUAUAAGCUACACUACUAGUCAUCAGGUAGUCGAAGUGGUGCUGAAUUCGUUAGCUGCUGCCUUACCUGUUCUCCAACCACUGUGCUUACACAUCCUAUCAAGCAAAGGCGAUCAAGUGGAUGGAGGAGCUGACAAAUGGCAACAGAGUUCAGAUGGCCGACGUCUAGUGGAACUCCUGGAAAAGCUGCGAGAAUGCAAGGAUGACGAGCAACAGCGUUCCUGGGCAUUGCAUGAAGAUGAGCACACUAUCACUACUCAUCUGUCUGAUCUCCUGGAUUUGUUGAACACUGGAGACCUGAUGGUGUGUCGGAGUGUUUUGUCCCUGGAUGAUUUUAGACCUUUGUUGACCCUGGUGCAGUACUACCAGAUGGAAACAAGGUGGCCUCUUCGGAAACUCCUGCUGCAGGUCUUUGGUGCUGUAUGUCAGAUGUCGGCAGCAAAUAUUUCUUAUCUCUCUGCUUCGGUGUUCCCAGUUGAACUUACAAGAGAACUACUUGACAGCACAUACAACCAGGAGCGGCUGAGGUAUACCUCCCUGGUGCUCGGGAUGGUGCUGUGCAUGGGGGAUACUCUACCAUAUCCUCAUUUCUGUGUGAUGAACGAAAACUUCAUGAAUGUACUACUUGAUGGAAUAGAGCAGUACCACGAGGAUCCUGACACAGAACAGCUGGCGGAUUUGUACCUGGCCAUAGUCUUAGCCUUCAAUCUCCAAUAUACGACGCUCCCGCCAUCAGCAGCUAAUCCACCAAAAUCUUGCGAGGCCACGGAAGAGGGGGAAGGUGAGGUUAAGAGUCAGUCCAAUGGAGACCUUGAGGAAAAUAAGGAUUCCUCAAAAACUGCGAUGGGAGCCGAUUCCGAGAAUAUAAUCAUCAAGUUGUUAUCGAAGAGGGAAAAUACAAAGUACUUCACAGAGAAGCUUCUGCUCUUGUUCAAUAGGGAAGAGGAUCCAUUAGCCAUGUUCGACCAUGAGCCCCGGCCGCCUCACUCAGUACUCAAGAUGAUGAGAGAUAUGUAUUCCACAAGGGCGACUGCUUCAAUCUUCUACACAAAUGAUGAAUGUGUAGUGUGUGAUAUUAUCAUAAGACAGUUGUCAGACCUUCCUGCAGAUGACAAGCGCCGGAAUGAAUACUUACACCUAAUGGAGGGAGUCAUAGUAGCUGGGAGAUGGACAGAACACCAACAUAGACGCAAAGAAUUGUGCUCCAGCUGUGCCAAUAUACUUGCCGAGGAGGAACCAGCGGCAGUAGACGAUCAGAAAAUCAUCAGUUCCCUCAUGGAAAGUCAGACGUACUUUUUUCAUGUUUGAGUGAUGUAAGUACGUCAAGCAUCUUGUUAGGAAGUGUUUCAUAAAUGAAUACAAAUUUGGUUAUCAAGUUCUGUAAGUUUUCCCUCCCUUUUCUAUUUUCUUUUCUUUUUUCUUCUUCUUUUAAAAGAAAAGCAAGUGGUUUCUUUGACCACCAAGAAAGUAUUUUGAUUGUGAUGUCCAGCGAAAUAGUACGCCAAGCUUUAUAUUUUUUAGUCAAUAUAAAGAAAAAUCUUCCAUGAGAAAUUAUGUGCCAACUGUAGGAUCUUGUACACUAUACACUAUUCAAUGUAUCCUAGGGCUUGAAUGGGCAUUAGUAUAAAGUGUGAUGCCCAGUCACAUGUGUGCAGCUUUCAGUAGGUCUUGGGAAGAGUCACAUAGAGGAAGAACAUGAGCUAUAGAUACUCGAAAAAAGGACACCAGAGCCCAUUUUUGUAAUUAUUAUUUUUGUUAUUAUCAUUAUCGUUAUUAUGAUUAAUAUUAUUAUUAUUGUUAUUAUCAUUAUUGUUUUUAUUAGUUGCCAUUACUACCGGUGGCAUAAUUGUUGAUAUUAUUAUUAUUAUUAUUAUUACCAUUUGUAAAGUUGUACAUAUCCAAAAAUAAUUUUUUAUAUUAACUAAGAUUUUGAGAAAGAAGCAUUGUCAUCUGCCAAAGUAAGGGCGUACAAGGCUUUUUUCAAAUGCAUUAGUUCACCUUUGAACAGAUAGCAUACAUGAUGGUGUUUCCUGCUGUGGCAUAAGUUAAGAGAAUGGUAAAUAUGAACUUGGUUUAUCAUAAAUCGUAUCUUAUAAAUUGUACACAGUUCAUAGAAAUCAUUUUCCUGAGUAGUAAUAAGGUAUUGUUUGAUUUCCAUAAUUUGAGGCUUGAUUAUUAUUCUGAUUUGGUUGAGUAUUCUCCAUUGUAGUUCCUUCAUAAGGGCAUUAUGUAAGUUUACUGUAUACCAUUUGCUGAGUGGACAGCUGUGUUUGAAAUACUCAAAACCUAAGUUAAGUUUUCCACAGAGGAAGUUUGAGAAGGAAAUUGGUUGCUGCAGGUUCUGUGCCAGGGAAAUACACUUAUGAAAGAUCUAAUAUACAUCAUAUGUAUAUUAGUGAUUGAGCAGGGUAAAUAGAGGAUUAUUAGAAAAUUUGGCUUUGAUAUUUGGAGUUUGAUAUUUAAGAAAGAAAAAAAAUUAUCAGGAAUGAAAGGCAGUGUGGUUUACCCCAAAUCGUAGUGGACAACAGAAUGCCAUUUAUAUGUGUCUUUAGUAUGGUAGUGUAGCUAUUGUUAUUAUUUAUUUUAUUGAUAUAUGGAAUUUUUUAUAGCAUGUGACAUACAGUAAACUUUCUAGCAUAGUUUAUUUUUUUGCUUGCAUUAGUGGAAGAUGAUAAGUUGUUAUGUGAACUGUGUAUUUAAUUGACUCAAAUCAAUUCCUGAAUUUUGAUUAUUCAGAAAAGGACUAUCAUUUACAAUGAAGCUUUAACUUGAUUUUGGAAUACUAGACGAUAUAUUUAGAAGUAAGAAGACUCAUGUGGAUCAGUGCCUUUUAUUAUCAACAUUUGUCAGCAGCUGAUAAAAAGUCAAAGGUUGUUUAGAUGAACUCCAAAACUAUUUUUAAAAAGUCUAAAGGCAAGAGUUGCUUGCUGGUGUCCUGCUCAGAUGCAGUGUUCAAAACGUCUUCAAAAGCUUUUGCUGACAAUCAAUUUGGUGGAUAAAUGUUGGAUAUCUCUUUCUUUUCUCCUUCAUAGGAAGAUAUAAAUAUGUAAUAUAGCUUUAGCAACUACAGCUUUCUCCUUAGCAUGAAGGUAUAUGUUGAAUUGUAACUAAGUUGCCAUUUUUUUAGGAAUAAAACAUGUUGUUACCAUGUUUUUACAGGAAAGCUUAGGAUAAAUGUGGCUUAGUUGAGUUCUUCAGAGUAUUGUUAUUACCAGUGAGCUUUUUAUUAAGUUUUGUUGUUUUUCAUCUCUCGUUAUCAUUUCUGUUGGAGGUUGACUAUGUUUAGUGUUUAAAAUUACAUUUUCAGUAAUUAGUAAGAAACUCGUAUUAACUGGUGAUUGCAGAAAUAAGUGAUUUCUUUCAGUCUAACAAAAGACAAGGCUGGUUGUGCAUGCAUAAACACUGCAUUUUUGCGGAUUAUAAUGUGGUAAUGAACAGCAUUUUACAAAGACAUUUUUACAGAUAUUUUGUAAUUUACAUUUUACCUAGUUCAUUAUGAGAGGCUUUUUUGUCCAUAAAACUUUAAGAAAAUGAAACACAGAAAGAAAGAAAAAAAAGGCAUAAAAAAGUGUUGGAUGUGUUAAAGACUGUAAUUGCAGUCUAAACCUGUCUUUAAUAAAGAUAGAAAGUCACCAACAGCUGUACUUAGAUAAUAUGCCAAAAAGAAGGUAAAAAUAAGAAAUUGACAAUAUUCACAAGAGCGGCAUUAUUACGAAGUGAAUAAGGAGGCUGUUUUGGGGUCUUCUAAGUUCAGAGUUCUAUUCGUUAGGUACUUUUUUUUUUUUUUUAUGAAAGUUACAUAUUUUACCGUAGUUCUUUAGAUAUAAAUGCUUUACAUUUGAUUUAGGAACUAGUGCAUGAUUAAAGAAAAGACACCUCUAAUCUAGGUCUGCGUUCUGAGUUCCGCAAUAAAGCAUAUGUCAGGAAUUUAGCAGUUUUGAAAAUUUGGCGAGCAGAGAAUCUCCAGAUAGUUUUUCUUAAAUAGUAUUUUCAAGCAUAUUUAUAUUUAUUCACCAAUCGUAGGGAACAAAAAUUGUUAUUAGUCAGAUGUUAAUACAAUAUUUGUUGCUUUAACCUUUGUACAUAUAUCAUGCAUGGAAAGAUUGUUGGUUUGAUAUGAUUAACCUUUGAUUAUAUUGUCUAUAUUAUAAAGUAUAUUUUAAGAUAUUAGUGUUACUUAUCUCACAGUUCAUAGUUUGAGAAACCAUCUUUGAUAUUAACAGUAGUUGCACAUAUUAUUAAUAUUAUAUUUGGUAGUUAUUAUUUUUUCCAAUUUUCUUGAUAUGUUUUCUUUGCGUAUAUGUAUAUGCAUGCCUGCAAAAGUGCAUGAGUAUGAAUGUAAGGAAAUUUGGUUCUGCAUGGAUGAAAAGGAUUACAAAUGUAAUUUCUUGCUAAAUAUGCAAAGAGAAAAUAUUUAAAAAUUGCAACAUUUGUUAUCAAAGAUGAUUUACAGGACAAUUUUAAUCAGCAUGCAUUACUAUAUCAAGAAAAUCAUACAGUCUCCUGCCAGGAAGUGAAUAAGAAUUAUAAAGAAAAGAAAAUCUUAUGCAAGGGAUUAUUAAAACUGAAAAAAUGGCAGAAAAGAAAUUAUUGGCUCAGAGACUUCCUUUCGACCAAUACACCGUCCUAACAUUAACAUUUUAUUACAGUUUAGCUGGUAUUGUGUUAUUUUCAAUGCAAAGAAUUUUAUAUAACUGGAAAAUAUUUGCUAAUACUUGCAUGUAUAGUGUCAUAUAAUCUGAUCCAAGGAAAUCUGGUUAAUUGUGUAUAAGUAAAAUACAAAUGCGAUUUACUGAAGUAUUUGCUCCAGUUCAAGAGCAUUCGGAAAUUGUCCAGCAGCUUUGCUUUAGACUGAUUAUACAUAAGACUGAUUAUAAUAAGUCUUUUUAUGGUUUUGAGAUUAUCAAAAGAAGUAUAAAUCAGCUAUUAACAACAUAUUAUAUUUUAUUAUUACUUGGUGUGUUGUUAAAAGCAGUCUGUAGGCGCAUUGAUAAUGUGACAUAUUUGUUAACCAUUUUCAGUAAUUAAAAGAAUAUAUUUUCUUAUGAACAUGUGAUUUAUUAUAUUCUUGAUAAUGUUUUUAGGAAAUUAAUUCAGACCUGUAGCAGGGCUUUAAGCAUAUGUGCAUAUAGAAACAAAUUGUACAAAUUACACAUGUGCAUGCACGUACACGCACACACACACACACGCGCGCACGCACACGCACACGCACACGCACACCCACACGCACACGCACACGCACACGCACACGCACACGCACACGCACACGCACACGCACACGCACACGCACACGCACACACACACACACACACACACACACACACACACACACACACACACACACACACACACUCACACACUCUUAUAUCAUCAUUUUGUGCAAUUAUCUUACUGUACUGUAGGGGAUGAUUUGACCAGAAUUUCACAGAACAGUUUGCUGCUAUCAAAAAGGAAAAAGAAUUGGUAAAAUGAAAAAAUAAAGUUAAAGAAGAAGCAGUAUUGAUGUGUCAUGGAUUGGAUUAAUAAAUAAAUCAUAUUUUCAUUAUAUAUGCAUAUCCCUAUUUAUAAUUUUCAGUUUUUGGACAGAUUGGUAUAUUAAUAAGUGUAUGAGUGUGUGUGUUUGUGAAUCUGUAUUUUUAGUAGCCAGCCCUUCUGUAGUGCUAUCUUUGCACUUUGCAGAAGUCACUAAAAAACAAGCUGAUUUUUUCUUCAAAACCUUUAGUAUAGUCAUCUACACAUACCCACAUGCACACAGGCUUACAAGCACACACACACACACACACAAAGGCAUGUGCUUAAACACAUAUGCAUGCAUCCCCCCCCCCCAUUCAUGUCCAUAUAUUUCAUAUUUUCCCAGAAUGAUAGUACUAAUUAGACCAUUGUGAGAAUUUACACUAAAUUUGGAUAUUAUGUAGCAUACUACUUUCUUCACCAGAAUAUCAUUUAAUUUGCAUGCUCGGUAAAUUAUCAUUAUUAUUUAGAUUUGAAAAGUAAGGAAAGCUGCAUGAACAAUUGCCUCAAAAAGUCACCAUGCUCCCUGUGUUAUUUCCUGUCAAGGAGCAGCAUUGCUUUUGUAGUGUUGUAACAAUACAUGACUAAACAAGUGAUUGUGUAUGCAUGCCAGUUGCCAUAGUAGUAUAAGUUAGGAGCUAAAACAUAAGAGCUCAGGGGAUUAAGGAAUUCUUUGAGGCAGUUGUACAGAUAUCUAUUAUUAUAGCUUCUUGUCUCUUAACUGUUUUGUAUUGAAGAAGUAAAUGGUAUGAUUUUGAAAUAUGCACAAAUUAGUAACAUUAUUCUUAAUGAUUUUUGCAUUGGCUUUUAUUUGUUAGAUCUUUAUUAGAUGUUAAUGGUAUGUUUUUUUUAUUCUACAACCUGAGGAUCCUGAUGAAAAUGCUGGAUUAUAAUAAGUGAAUGCAUGAAGUUAAGUGGUGGAGGAAGGAAGAGUUUGCUUAAAUGACAGUAGAGAGUUGCUUAACAAGUAAUCUCCAGAGGAGUCAGGAGAUGGAGAAAGUUGGAAUGGAAGCCAGAACAAAGGAGGAAAGAGAGAGAGAGAGAGAGAGAGAGAGAGAGAGAGAGAGAGAGAGAGAGAGAGAGAGAGAGAGAGAGAGAGAGAGAGAGAGAGAGAGAGAGAGAGAGGG